GGCAUGUAGUGAUAUUUUCGUUCUGAAACUGUCAUCUUUCCUGCACUGUAAGCGGAACUGUUUUUUUCCGCAUGUUGAACUAACCGAAAUCAUCGGCGUGUAUAAAUACUGAGCUAAAGCUGAAAUUUGGUCAUAUGACCGUGGACCCGUUCAACAUGGCCCGACUGUUGCUCUUAUUUUUAUGCCUGUUAUCCGGUGCCUUCGCCGGACGCUACUUCAACGAGAAUGAGCCAUGCUACCGACCAGCGCUGAGGAAAACCCAGUUUGGAAUAAAGACAAGGCCCCGCCCCCACGAGUACCUGAACGUCGGCGACCUGCCCAAGGCGUGGGACUGGAGGAACAUCAACGGAACCAACUUUGUCAGCACCACGCGGAACCAGCACAUUCCCCAGUACUGCGGGUCCUGCUGGGCCCACGGCAGCACCAGCGCUUUGGCCGAUCGGAUCAACAUCAAGCGGAAAGCGGCCUGGCCGUCGGCGUACCUGUCGGUCCAGAACGUGAUCGACUGCGGCCAGGCGGGGUCCUGUCAUGGCGGGGACCACUCGGGGGUGUGGGAGUACGCCAACUCCCACGGCAUCCCCGACGAAACCUGCAACAACUACCAGGCUAAAGACCAGGCGUGUAAGCCUUUCAACCAGUGUGGGACCUGCACCACGUUUGGAGUGUGCAACAUUGUGAAGAACUACACCCUGUGGAAGGUGGGCGAUUUCGGGGCAGUCAGUGGGCGGGAGAAGAUGAUGGCCGAGAUCUAUGCAAGAGGCCCCAUCAGCUGUGGGAUCAUGGCCACAGAUAAUCUGGACGCGUACGCGGGCGGUCUGUACUCGGAGUACAUGGCCGAGCCCUACAUCAACCACAUCGUGUCAGUGGCCGGCUGGGGUCUGGACGAGAACGGCGUGGAGUACUGGAUCGUCCGCAACUCCUGGGGAGAGCCCUGGGGUGAGAAGGGCUGGCUCCGGAUCGUCACCAGCGCCUACAAGGGCGGCAGCGGGAGCCAUUACAACCUGGCCGUGGAGGAGGACUGCAUGUACGGGGACCCCAUCCUGCCCCAGAACUACCUGUAGCCCCGGGACGGGAGCGACUCUUCCGCCUCACUUCCUGUCCCCUGCGCUCCGCUUCCUCUUUCUCCCCGACGCACACGGGGCUGGCCACACGCGUACGAGGCUUCAUCACAUCUGAUCUUAAUCACAUCCACCCUUUUUAACUGGUUUAACAGCCUGACUGAUUCAUUAUGCAGGAAAGGGAAUGUUUCACUUUUUAAACUUUGCACACUGAAGGGCUCUCAUGCCAACUGUGUACUGUAAUCAUGUUUUAUCAAUCAUGAAUGUUUUAAGCUCUGAUAAUUUUUAAGAAUGAAAGGGAAAGGGUCUUUUUUUUUU